GCACACUCAACGGACAUGACAGCCUGCAACCCCAUGAGGACAUCGUCCCUCCUGCCCUGCGGCGAUUCUAUCUCGGCGCCUCCCCGGUGCCUCACUGCACGGUUACCCGUCACCGCCGCCCGCCCGGUCGACUCGGUAAGCCAGCCGUCAGGGUCACGCCGCUAAAGUGAACGUCGGUCAUCAGUGACCUCCAGUGUGAAGAGGUCAGCGCGUCAGUGCUCUCGUGCCAUUCGCGUCGAACGGUGCACUCUGUGAUCGCUGCCAUGGAGCGACUCGUCUGCUGGAUCUGUCUGACAGCGGCUGUGCUCGCCACGGCACACGCCCAGCUACAGCUGGUGGGCACCAGCGUGGUGGACCAGAACUUCUUCGUGGUCGGGGAGCUCCAGCCGGGAGAAACGUUCGACCAGUUCAAAAGACGGUUCAAGCAGGAGAACCCGUCAGCGGCUGUUGACAGCGGCCUGGUGCGGAGCAGUAACCCGGCGGCACCCAGGGUUCCCACCGCCGGAUCGUCAAACGAACCACUCGGACUGUCAUCCGGAGCCACCGAGCUGCUCGGCAGGAUCGAUGAGAGCUUCAGCUGCGAGGGCCUCCCGUAUGGCUACUACGCCGACUCCAGCAACGACUGUCGGGUGUACCACGUCUGUGAUCCGGGCCGGAGCGGCACUCAGACCAACCAGUUCAGCUUCUUCUGCAACGUGGGCACCGAGUUUGACCAGCAGCUGCUGACGUGCGUCCACGAGUCCCUGGACCGGUCGGCGUGCUCCGGCGCCCGACAGUUCUACGAGUCCAGCAACUCGCAGUUCUUCCGCGACGUCGGCUUCAACGCCGGCGCCUCGCCUCCGGUUCCCGUGCAAGAAGUGAGCCCGCCGACUGACGACGGCCAGGUGGUCCUCAUCGGGGUCACAGGAGGUGUUCCGGUGGACGCGCUGCAGUCUGGGGUUGAUGCCCAGACAGCAGGAGGGCGGGAGACCGUGGAAGUUCCGCUGACCGAGCUGGAAAACUCGGCCGGUAGUGGCGCGCUCAACACAGAUGGGGCGGGCCUGCUCGACCUGAGGAUCGGACUGCCGAGUCUGUGAGGUCAGAGAGAAGGGCAGUGGUUUGGUUUGUCGUGCCUCUUGAGUAUCGCGGGUGUAAUAGGGGAUGUCAAAUAACCACCUCGAAGCAUUCAGGCGGUGGUUAGUCGUGAUCAAGAGGACUCCCGAGUCUGUUUUAAGCGUUUUAAGCAUAAGACGUUUCGCCAGGAGAAAUGAGUUUUUUUUGGAAUCACUAAGGGCGUGCUUCCGACCUCAAGAUAUUUGAAAAAAUGAAAUAUUAGGAAGGGCCCAAUCAACACAUUUUACAGAGCAGACAAUCAAAUUUCAUUCGUGUUUCCGGAAAAAGGCAGCUAUUGGGUUAGCAAAGGUAUCCAUCGAAAGUCGAAAGAUUCAGGAUAUCGUAUGUGACCUUGUGACGCUGACAGCAGCCAUCACAACUGUACUCAGAAGCUUGUAGAUUUAGAUUAAUGUUACCGUCCAGUCCAUUUACCGACAGUUUGUCCAGUUACCACCUGAAAUAGUUGGUCUAGUUACCACAGGGAAUGUUGUCCAGUUGCCACGUGAAGUGGUUGUACAGUUACCACAUGGAAGCCCAUUCGGUUGAUCCUUUCAAUGGUUGAGACUUCCACUACUUAGUUACCAACAGUGCGUGUUCAAAAGUGAUGGUUCUGUGGGUGCUUGGAUAAUGAUAUGCUGACUGCUGAGGAUUGUGUGCUGUGUCAAGGAGCGCAUUAUAUGAGCACAUGAGUUUUUGUAUGUGAUUGUACACCGUUAUUGUGUGUCUUAUUGAACUGCAUGAUCAUGUGUUCUUUCAUGUCGUCACGUUUGCUAUUUGGACAAUUUGUUUACUUUUUAGCAGCACCGCAAUCCAAAAGAAGAAAAAACUAAUGAAAUCGAUGUGUGUCUUUACAUGGAAGAAUAUACCUAAAACAUCCAGAAUUUGCAGAGCACUUUACACAAAUGCUAACCGAAAUGAUACCGAAUCGGAGCAUAUGAUCGACCCCAUAACCACCAAUCUUGUCUGUGUGUAUGUACUUCGUGCGUGUCAUAACGCUUCAUGUUAUCGCUGCAAACCUCAUGUCACAUACAUCUGUAUACCGAGGUUAGAGGUCUAUGCUCAUGUCUAUGUCAAUAUCAAAUACAAUGCUACACAUGAACAA